AUGAUUGGUACAGGUGCUUCCGGAGCUGGAAAAUCAACAAUUAUUCAACUGUUAGAACGAUUCUAUGAUGUUACAAGUGGUCGAAUACUUAUUGAUGGUACAGAUAUUCGAGAGCUAAACAUUCGCUGGCUUCGUUCUCAUUUUGGACUUGUUAGUCAAGAACCAAUAUUAUUUGAUUUAACUAUUGCCGAAAACAUAGCAUAUGGCUUAGAAAACGUUCCAAUGGAAGACAUUAUUAAUGCAGCAAUCAAAGCGAAUAUUCAUCAAUUUAUUGAACAACUACCUCAGGGUUAUGAAACAAGAGUAGGAAUAAAAGGUAGUUUUCUGUCAGGUGGCGAAAAGCAACGUAUUGCAAUUGCUCGAGUUCUUCUUCGUCGACCGAAUGUAUUACUCUUAGACGAAGCAACAAGUGCCAUGGAUUCACAAAAUGAACAAAUUGUGCAAGAAGCUCUUGAUCGAGCUCAAACAGAAGAUCCCAAUCGGACAUCACUCGUCAUUGCUCAUCGUCUAUCUACUGUGCAUUCGUGUGAUUUGAUUUGUAUACUUGAUAAAGGACGUAUAGUAGAAAGUGGUACUCAUAAUGAAUUAAUGCAAUAUCGUGGAGCUUAUUAUAAAAUGCUUGAUCAAAACAGUUGA